AUGCUUGUAUUCUCAAGGCCGCCACCGCCGCCACCACUUCAAAGAGUCGCGUUUCCUCAAAAAAAGGAUGCUGACACACAAACAGAUGCUGUAGCGGACAAAAUAGACCCUGAAAGUAAGGGCGAAACCCAGUCGACUGUAACCCGCGCAUGGAGGAUGCUUCGAGUCUGCUUGGCCGAGAUCCUCGGAACAGGCCUCCUUGCUUUUGUCUGUGUUAGAACUAAAUCAGAUGCCACCCUCACCGAAGAGCUGCCAGCCCUCCUGGUUGGUCCUCUGGCUCUCACCAUGGGCACUUGGCUUUCGGGGCCAGUCAGCGGCGGUCAUGUUAACCCGGCAGUAACGCUGACCUUGAUCCUCUGCCAGACACUGCCCCCAAUUUACCUGCCCUUGUACUGGUCGAGUCAAAUGGCCGGUGCCUGCGCGGGAACCUAUUUAGCCUUCGCUAUGAAUGAAACCACCCCGAGUCACCACCUUGGAAAUCAGUCCGUUGAAUUCGGUAAAGCAGACAAAACACAAAUUAUGAGUGAGCUGUCAGCAAGUACGGUGUUCCUCCUCAACGUCGUCUCAGGAGGGGAUGCGAAACGAUCUGGGCCCUGGACUGCUGAUGGUAACCAAAAGAGCUUGUCAAUUGGGCUGAUGUCGAUGUUGCUGGGGACUGCAUUGGUAAUUUUUUUACAGUGUAAAAAAUGCACAGAAAAUAUGAAGCCGCAAUAGCAGUAAGAGUGAAGUGUGAUUAUAAGUUUGCAAACUCUAUCUCCUAGUUCCUUGUAUCAGGUGGUAUCAAAGAUUUCCAUAUCCGAAUAUGCCAUUUUCAACUUCUGGCGACUCCCAUAUAAGGAAACUGGAGAAGUAUCUUGUGUCGAUGUCACAGAAAUGAGGCCGGUUGAAAAUGCUUUAGCUUAAGGUUUAUUUGCUCCAAGCCAUCUAGUGAGAUUAUCAGUCCUUACCCUAAACGGUAAACACAAGUGUAACGCGUACCAUCGAAUUUAAAUUUUAUAUGCUUAUGGGGGUAGCUUUUCUCCGGUCAAGGCAAUUUGAUAAGGAGAGCAUUCGUAUUAAAAUUAACGUAGUCGAACUUUUAACGCUAUUACUUGAAUAAUAUUUAGGAGGGAAAUUCUAUCAUGACCUUUGAAUGUAGUCGUAAGUUGUGUACUUUUGUGUGUUCCUUUAUUACAAACGAUGAGUUUGACCAUGCUGUUACUAACUGACCAGCGUUUUAAUGAUUUUGAAUUCUAUACUUCUCGGCCUGCGUCUUGUGGAGUGCCUGCACCUACAAUAGCCGGAAGUCAGACAAAGUAUGAAAUAACUCUGAGUUAGCAACCGCUUCUAUGUCCGAAGGCCUGUGCAGUACGCACUAAAACUCAUGGGAAAAACUAACCAAAUUUCUUGAACAUCUUUCUAGAUUAAAAAAAAUUAAGUGCGUUUCUGAGACCGCUAUGCAUGGAAUAGAAGCUUCAGCUACUUAAUGGACUCUGACUCUCUGGUUAUCGCUUUGUUUCGAUUUUCACAAAAUCUACUUUCUAAGAAGGAUAUGCUUCUUCUAUCAAUACUUCCUCAUAUAUACUUCUGGUUAAAACUAAAGGAGAUCUGUUCCCUGCUAGUCAUUUUCUUAAUAUUGGUUUCCUCUUGAAAAUUAACAUUUGAUGGUACAGAUUUCUUUUUUCCUUUAAAUGUUCAUUAAAGACUAUAAACUAGAGAAGCGACCUGAGUGUUCAUCGAGUCGGUAGAUUUAUAAACUUUCCGCCAGCCAGGUUAAUCGAAAUAAUAUUCGACCUGUCAUAAUUCUACCAAUGAGGAACACCCACCACUUAUCGAAAUGCAUGUAGAAGAGCUGGUCGGGGUCGCAAGUGGAAUGAAUAAGUCUGCGUAUCAUGGAGAGAACUUCUGGGAGGACUUGAGUUUGAGAUUUUUCAAACUUUAAUAUUUGCUUUUUUCUCGUGCUAAAUUUCAGAAUGACAUCGCCUCACACAAAAGACUAUAACCAGCUAAAAUUUUUCCAAUCAAUUUCGAUUUUAACUGAGUGCCGAAACAAUAUGAACAGAUACAAACUGGUUAAGUAAUUCUCGUUGUCAAGUACUAUCGGGAAGAUAGUCUAUUCAUAUAUUCGUGAUUAAGGAUAAUACCCUGGUUAGAUCGAGCGACCGCGGCACUAUCCAAAGCACAACCACGCCGACUCCCCUUUACCUGUGGCUGGUCAUGGGUCCAGCCACAAGGGCAAAAAAUACAGAGACUGUCAGUUUUCUGGUGCUAGGAGCGGAUGUAGAGGCUCACACAUGACUGCAGCAGCCCGUCUACCUGCAUAACACACGAUAUUGCCAAGUGCCACGAUGCACUAAGGAACAUGCUUCUCUCUAACGUGAGAGCUACGUGUUCCGUCCAAGUGUCAGGUGUUGUGGGGUGGGUUAUGUACGGGCUGGGGAGGGCGGGACGGUAUGACGACAUUUGGACUGCGAUGUUUUUCCGCAACUUUUUAUGAAGGCGCAGGUGGCCCACUAGACCAAUGUGGUAACUGAAUGUCCGUGGGCAAUGUGGACAGUUGAGGCGAGUGAGACGGACGUAUGUUGGUGCUCCGGACACUGGCUUGUCAAUACGAUGGAUUCGCAAGUGACCGAUCAGGCCGAUGCGUGGUCUGGGAGUGCGACAGCACUGCUGGCACAGGGGGUGGUGAUGACGGUGGUGGUGGAAGUGGGAAAUCGGCAGUUUUUUCACCUGUGUUCGUCGCCGUGGGGGUUGAAGUAGGGGGGUGACUGUGGAGGCGUUCUCGGGAACAGUAGGUGGAGUUGUCGUGUUUUCAUUGCAUUAGGUCCAGAGAUGUCCGAUAUGGCAAACACGUGCGAAGAGUGUCUUUUGACAACAUGGACACGAUGGAAUGGAUAGGGCUUUGAGAUUGGGCAUCCGCAGCUUCUGAGACUUGCAAGUCGUUUAUUUGACUUUGGUAUUGACAAUUCAGUUUUUCUUCGUAGAUUACUGCUCCGGUCUUCACUACUGCUCUUUAGACAGGUCGAUCCUGGGUAAGGCCCCCCAGGUCUGCGGAUUGCUUUGUGCAUCCUUGAGGGAGGUCCUUAGAGGGACUUUUUAGCAUGUUUUUGUCUUUUGUCGGCGAGCACGCGUUUCAACGUCGUCAUCGAAUAGUCGCUUGGUAAGGCACUCGUAAUCCAUCCUCGCGAUGCGGCCCCAGAUGCAUUUGCCUCAACAUGGCGUCGAUACUGAGGAUUCCAGCUCGUUUUAGGACUCCAGUAUCGGUAGUCCUGUCUUGCAACCGCCGAAAGCAGGUGAGGUGGAAGUGUUUCAGCUUCCUGAUUCGAUUGGCGUGAACCGUUCCUGUCUCCGUCCCAUAGAGUAGAUUGGUUGAGACCUCCGACCCGUACUUCCUUGCGUUCUGAAUGAGAAAGGGCAUAUAUUUGCCUUGCAGUAAAUCCCAGUUUAUGGAGAUUUUCGAAGAUUUGAAAUCUAUAAGUCCUCCACACAACCUAACAAUCUGGAGCAUUUACCACAAAACUAAGACGAUAUUUUCCCUAAUGAGUUUUCUAAGGUAUCUAUCCUAGCACUAGGAAAGUGACACUAUAAGAUCCUUUAGCGAAGUGGACGGUAGAAGUCAACCCCUGGUAAUACAAGCAGAAAUAAUCAUAUUACCAUAAUUUGCUGCCGGGUGGGCAGCCCUCAGUCUUAUCUAUGGCUGAGGGGGAAGAGAGUUUAGUUGAGAUAUGCAUUUCCAGUGUGUAACAAGCGUAUACGAAGAAUUAUUGUUAACAUGUGACCUACCUUUGCAAAGGCAUAUCUACCACCAGUGAAGCUAAAGAAGGCGCAGAGGAUACGUUUGAACAAAUCAACAUCGACUUGAGAUACAUAUGAGCACCCGUUCGACACACAGGCAGAUGGAGGUGUGCUUACUUCUGUCUGAACAAAUAACCGAUCCAUCCUGAAGAAUACCGACUGACGGGGAGUCAUUGAUGGAAAUUCAGGUCAAGGGUCGGCAAUUAAAUCCCAUAUGAUGACCGUCUGCGCAGCGGGUGGGCAUGUGGCGAACGUAGACAGCAAGACUUAACGUUGGGUCAGCCUCAGCGUCCAAUCCCGUCAGUGUAAAAGAUAGGGCAGGCUACUGGUUCAUCGGGGAGUGAACCAGCAUAAGUGCAUUAAUAUGCCUGAAACAGGUGGCAUUAUGGUCUCCCUGUCUUUGUUAAGCCACUUCCGGUCACGAUACAGACCUAGUUCGAUCUUUAUACCGCCUCUCACUCCUGGAAUAUUCGGGUCUGGUGCGUGUAAGAAUCAGCACGCCUAUGUGUGAGUCUUUUCGUGACAACAGAUACUGUGACCAAUCUCAUUUCUAGACAACCAGACUCUGACUUGUUAUUGGUACAGGAUAGGGACGGACGACCGGUUCAGGAUGUAUCCAUCGCCUACAUAGUGUUGUCACUAAAAUAGAGUGGACGCGACCUAAACUACCACCACAUCCUGACUGUCACAGUUGCUAACUGACAGGGCAACUCCAUCAUCCUCCGGAGUGAGGGUCAGACCUCAGUCGUUGCUUCUUAAUGCGGCUUUUAUUGCAGCCCCCGCCAAUUACAGAUUCGAGCUCCUUCUAAUGUAAUUUGAACAGCAUGCCUGUAGAGACCAGGGCACGUAGCUGUGGAUUCCGCCACGUCGGUCAUUGGCUGGUUCCACCGGGGCAUGAGGACCGAGUGACUGUAUUAGCUGGCAAGUUUCGAAGCCAUGACGACACGAACGCAGUAUGCGACCCCAUUCCGGGAGCAAAAGUAGGUCAUCGCGUAAUAGGGGUUUAAUGGGUGGAGCUAGACGACGGAAGGGAGAGCUCAAUAGCAGGUAAACAUUCCAGUAGAUGCUGAGGGAUCAUAUUACGUCCUCGCACCGAAAUUCUCUGUAGCCACUGAAUAAGGCGCCCACGUACCAUAAACCCGAAAUCCGAGGAAUGGUGGGGGUGUCUAGAUAUCUGACAGUACAAGCAAAAUUUGAGUACUUUUGGCAGUUCUUCCGGCUUGUUUUCACAAAAGAAGUAGAUUACAUUCCACCUAGUUACGAGAGUGCGAAAGCAUCAGUUAGAUAAAAGGCGAGGGUACAACAUGCCACGAUGAUCUGCUUUCCGUCCCCUGAAUGGGGGCGUCCUUGCCGCCACACCGACUUUUAGCGGGUAAAAUUUGUCGUAGCGAGGGAUGCACUGAUGUACCGUGGGGACGGAUUGCCCAGCGUCGACCUCAGCCUCUCUCCACCCUCUUCCCGUGCGCCAGUCCUCUGUUCAAGCCUGUCAGCCAUCUGAUUGGGUGCAAAUGGCUGGCACGAUGUGAAGCCUGCGCCUACGUGUGCCACCACCACCCUCGCUCACGUGUGUGAAAUUCGUCAUGGGAUGCUCGGACUCUGCCCAAUCCGAGUAACGCGUGUCGUGUCCCCUUCAGCGCAUCUACAGCUUGUCCCGUUGUGAAGCCAGACGACAGUCACUACGAUCGCACCUAUGACCGGCUGUCUCGCUUUCGUCUCAGCAACGGAGCACGGUGGAUGCGGGAAGGUGGUGUGAGGCGGAUGUUGUGUACGUCUACCUCUCUAUGAUCCAAUGUGCAUGAAAUCCCCAUCAAAACAGUGGGCAGCUUAUAGUUUACGGACUACCAUGAAUUGAUCGAGGCCGCACCAUGGACACUUCCCAUAAGACACCUAUCAACGACAAAACAUAAGGGCUAUUAUGUAGUUGCUUCCGAGCUGUCAUACUCGCCGGCAUAUUAGUUUCCGCUCCGCAAUGAGGAUAAGUCCGUAAACAACGCUGUCACGUGACCUUCUACACGUCCGUAAUCCCCCCACUACUUCACUUAAAUACCUGCGAAGGGCAGAGUUUUGUUGGAGGACGUUCUCAUGGCCGUCCGCGUGUCUUGGUGAAGAGUUCUCACUGAAAGGCGCGUGUAUCAUCACGUGGUGCUGUGUUUGCAAAAACUGUUGGGUUGACCAAAGUGCGUUUUAGUUUUAGCCGGCGAAAUGUGCACACCUUACGAGCAAAACGCUAUGGCCGACCUAAUUCCUAACUUUGCCAGAACCGUAAAAGUGCAUCAACUUGAGAUGGGCACAACGGUUAUUCUUUCGCUGAAACGUUGAUAAAAGUAAAAAAACGGUUAGACGAUUCUGCGCAAAGCACUACCCGCAUCCUGCCUUUUUUGGCUCUGACUAGUGUACUUCUAAAAAAAAUUAAGAAUGCAUACGCAAAAAUGAGAAACGAAAACCACUUAGCUCUUUUCCUCCUUUGUAAAUUACAACUUUAGGGAAAAUGGAAAGUCUUCUUAGCGACAUUUUAAAGUUUGGCUACUCAAGCAGAACUUGGUAUGUUAAAAUCUUCCUCAUUUUAGGGCCCAGAAUAUCCCUGUAGUUUAAAUCCUGCAAUCGUUUUUGGUCCUGCAACUAUACUGAAUGCCUAUCGGAAAUUUCUGGUAAGUCGUUGCUGGUGACAUUUUGCCAGAUUGCAACUCGACUUAUGUUUCUUUAGCGUCCUUCGUUUUAAUAAAGUACUCCAGGUAUUCUGGGGGUUACAUAGCGACGGUUCGACAGUCAUUGCCGACGACGUCCACCGUGUGCUCCACAGCAGGAUGAGAACAGGCACGUUGACUUGUGCUUGAAUUGGUUUUUAUUGGUAGUGGACUUGCACAGGGUCUACCGCACUCCCUCUUCCUCCCCCAGUUGGACCCGGUGUCGGCACAAAGUCACGAAGACCGGGGGCGGGAGAGGACGCAGAUGGCUGGCGCGGCCAGACCCGCGCCUUGGCGUACCAGCUCACUCCCUGGUCCACAACAAAUAUUUGACCAAGAUUUUAGUCACGAACAAAUAUGGGUCAGAAAGAGGAGAUGCCGACACAAGUCACUGGGCAGCCAUGCCACCACUGGUAUACCCAGCGGGAGCGCAAGCGCAUCUACCGGCAGGCAACCAGUGGUUAGAGAACUGCUAACGCAUACCAGUUUGCAAAGGACAUGGUUUGCUGAAUUAUAACGUAGCAGACUUACACAAUCCUUGAAGGCCACAAAAGUGACACGCAGCCCUGCAUUUAGCCGGGGCCAUCACCCUUCAAAGGUCGGGAAACCGGUUUGUCAUCGACUGAGAGGCACUGCCCACAUAAAAUCGGUUACAAAUGCUUCUCUGGUGGCACAACUAAAUACUCUCACCUGAAAAAUAAGCAACAAUAGUUUAGAAUGGAAUGUCUGUAAGGAAAAAAUCUGAUUAAUUCAUAAAAGGAAGGCUAAUCUCAGAUGCUGCUAGCCACGAUCAGAAGCUGACUAAUUUUGGGCGUAUUCCGGCGUGUAGGCGCAUACCAACAUGCAGUAUGUGGGCUAACUUGUGAAACCUGAUGAUGCAGAGUGAAAUGAUGAAUUGUGGACAACCAAAAUGCUGUCCGUUUUAUUUAUUUGCCUUUCCUACUUCCAAAAAUGUCCUUUUUGUGUUUCCUAUGUGUUUAUAAAUAAUUUUAUCGAUCUAAAUGUUUAAAAAUUCGAGCGGGAUUCUACGUUGCCUUGUAUUCUGACGGUUUCCUACGCCAAUGGCUAUUUUAAACUAAGUUUGCUCAUCUGAGCGUGUUUUUCUAUGAGAUGAGAGUAAGUUAAACUUGAGGGUUUUACCAAACGGAACAGGAUACACUUGAAAAUUGCUUUUUUCAUCAUGGAAAAAAUGCAGCCGAUUCCCAUGAAGGCACGUCGAAAUCUUUAGUCAAACUGUAGGGUGCUGGUAAACCUCUAUACUAGACAUUACGCUUAUUGAAGGAUAUAUAAAUGCGAAUUUCAGUAAAGGACUAUUUCAAAUGUUUUUCUACUUGUGCUCAUCUAUUUACUCGGUAUUUUGCAUGGACAGGCUUUCUGUACAUCGAAAGCUUAAGUUUACACAUUUACCACGAUUUUUGACGUUUCCAGGAUUUUCUUUAAAAAUGGUAUUUCUAAAGAGCGUUAUAGUAAUUUAAAGACCUCCUUUGUGUCUUCAGUUCGCUGUUUUUGCAAAGCCUUGAUCCAUUCGUUUUGGGGGUAUGUGCGUGAAUAGUAAUAUACAAAUAAAUAAAUCGUUUUAUUUGGUACCCUUAGGGGUAAUUUCGUGAAUUUCGGCACCUUUCUUGCGAUAGGCCACACACCGCAUCUGACCUGCACUGUAAGUCCACAGUACACCCACAUGUGUUCCUUGCAUCCCGCAGUUUGCAUGGAAAGACUUCAAGGUCGAGGGGGAACGACGCGUUGACGAUGGGGUUAACAGCCCUGUUAUACGCUGUGGAAUGGCGUGACACAAUCGGUAACUGAACAUAUCUGUCGAUGAGUUGCACGUCCGAAUGUCCGGUCUUCCGGUUGGGUGGUUGUUGAUUCCGCCCACUAACUCGACCUCGCCGAAGUCAAAAUCAUGUUAGCCCAGGGAGGCAUACGUCGCCAAAUAUGAAUUCUGAUUCGAAAUUCAGACAGUUGACUGAUGCUUGGGACGCCUCGUCUGUAGUUGUCCGACGCUUUCUCCAUUGUAGUCAGCAGACGACGGAUGACUUCCCCCCUUUGGAGAUCUGAUCCUUCGGACGCACCACUUAGCCGUGAACAGUCAAAACUGGUUUGUGGAGGAUUUAUUAGGUCAUUCGAAUUAAGAUUGAUCGCCAAUGUUUUCAAGCUUAUGGGGUCUUUUUUAGGGACAAUGCUUUCAUAAACAAGGGUUUUGGGUACGGAAAAGCGCACAUAAAUCCCCACACAAAUGUCCCUUAAAGCUACCUUUAUAGUUUAUUUGUUAAAACACGCGCCAUCUGGUCGAAAGAGAAAAUAAGUGCGUCGAAAGGGAAAGCAUUAACAGUAUACGAUUAGGAAAAAAGUGAGGCAUACCCAGUUGUCGGUUAUAUGUUUUAGUUAUUGACGAUUGCUCGUCGCAAAGUGACUGCCCGCCAGAAAAAAACUUUCUUGCUCCGCCUUUCGGUCGGUCGAGAUCGAGGAACUCCUUCCCCCACAUGCUACCCUCAAGCAACCGUAGUUAAACCAACUCUGAUAACUUCGCGGAAAGUAGUUAAAAUUUUAAUCCUUUUAAAUUACUGUAAGAAAAUUAGUCGGCCGAUUCUCACGGACAAAACAUGAUUCUUGUUCAACGCAAACGAUUAUCAACAACAGCCCUGGGGAAAUGCUGUUUGUUUUCGACAGUCCAUACCAGUUUGUUAAUGAUAAGAUUAUUAACAAUCAAAAUUACCAUGCAUCUGGAUUUAGUGAAACAUAAUGUGGACGAGGAAAUGAUAAUUGCAAACAAAUGGUAAAAUUGUGCAAUCUAGACUGUGGUCAGACAAAUAACAUAGGAAUGUUAAUACCGUCGGUGUGCCGAAGACGUUUUCAAGACGAAACUAUCCCCGGCUAGUUCAUCAGGCACCCAUACUUAGAAAUGGUAACUUUGAAACUUUUUUGAUCCGAACGCAUCAACAAAGAUGUAAUCUCGCCUCAACCAGAGACCGACCGUAAUACGAAUGUCUUUCCAGGAAUGCGUAAAAAUUAUUACAUAAUCGGUAUAAAAAAAUAUAGAAUAAAUUGCCAACUAUGUUGAUUGCAAUCUAAGUGUUAACAAAUGUUCGUGCAUAUUUUGAUCUAUUUUUAGAUAUUUUCUCGGGUUUGGGCCAUUGUCGAAUAAUUGUUAACGAGACCUGUCGUUGAGCCUGCAUCUAGGGUUUUUAAACGUCAAGUUGUGUACCUCCGUCUAAGGAAAAUCAUAUAUCCCUUUAAGCCAUUAACAACAUUUAAUAUUGGACUUGAAAAUUUUGCCAAUGGACAUAAACUACGUUGCAUGCUUUACAAGGAACAUUAAUAAAAGUACAGAUACUGUGAUAUGUAAAUAGACAUCAUAUUUCUUAACCUUUCUUCGAGUACAGCGUUUGAAGAAGAUAUAAGUUAUAACCGAAUUAAUUCAAGAAAGGAUGUUUUGUACGUUUUCCAUAAAAUAUGUUUGAAUGUAUAAGCGCACGGGAAGUCAAUUGGGAACGGCAAACCCCUUAGGUAGUCACGUUUUACUGAAUGCAGUUUUUGCAAACAACCUCAGGAAAGCGCAUGUAAAAGCUGGUAUCCUGGCGUGACUAAAAUAUUUCGAGAUUAUGUUGCUAGAUUUUAUACUACAACCACACUUAAGUAACUACUUCUAAUCUAAAACGCACCGUAGAAUUUCUGUUAAAACUUCUUGAGAUAGGACAUUCACCGUAGGGGCUGUGAACACAGAUGAGUAAUUUGAUCCGAUUUUAGACAAUUUCAUAGGCGUGGGCUAUUCUUUUUAGUUUCACCCAAAUAGUGUAAAUUGGAGAAGUUUCAGGGAACUUUUCCGAAAUUGAGUUUUGUUAAAUUUUUGCAGAGACAGACUGAAAUGCGUGGUUUAAUCGCAUGUGGCCGUCCCCUGUCUGGCUGAUCUUGUCCCAAGCACAGUUAACUCUUUUUCUUGACCGCCUUGCUUCCUGGAACGGUUAAAAGACGCACAAAAUCAAGUUAAAUUACUGGUCCUUUUUUAGGUGCCACUUUUGGUUCCUUUUGUGGGAAGCUUCAUCGCUGCCUUCCUGUACAAAUUUGUCCUUUGCUCUGAUGCUGAAUGCGAGAAUGCAAGAAAACUUCUUCAAUCUGCUUAUCUGAAAAUUAAAAAUGCAGACCGCAGCGCUUAA